CUGAACACGCUCCAGCUUGUCUGCAUCCUUCUUGAAGUUCUUUGUUACCACAUCUGUGAACUUCAUUGCUGCGUCUUGCGUGGUCCGGCAUGGAUGAAGCUCCUCCUGGUCCUCCACUGAAUUUAUGUCAUGGGUAUCGCUACGCCAGGCAAAAGAUGCCCUAUUAUGCGUACCAUUGCAAGCCACCGGGUCCUCCGUUGCCUCCCUUUGUGACGAAAAGACUACCGAAAUACAGCUCUCAAUGCAUCCCACACUACGGGUCAAGGUAUCUUUCCCCCAGGAGCAUCCCGUCACGUGGGAAAGGGCCUUGUGCUACUCCAUUCACUCUGCCCGGACUGGCCGGUUAUCAACCGCGGAAUGUGACCGUGCGCCCAGAACUGUGUGCAACCAAGUACCCCAAGGUACAUUCAAGCAAGAAACUACCACAGAUGUAUGGGGGCCCAUACCCACCACCGUUGGUGAACAACAUUCCAUACAGCGGCAUGACCAAAGGUCCACAUGGACCCAUUAGAAAGGGCUCACUGCUAUGUGUAAAUGGCACCCCGUUGCCCCGGGUAACCAAAGGCCCGGUACUAUAUUCCACCAAAGAGUUGAAUCCAAGGGUAACCAAGGUCCUACUACCGCGUAUGACUAAAGGCCCUGUACUAUAUGCAACCAAGGACUCAGCGCCAUACCUGUCAGAUGACCUGGUGCCAUGUGACGCCAAGGGCCCAUUGCCACGUGUGACCAAAGGUCCAGUAUUACAUUCAACCAAGGGAUCCCAACCCUUGGGAGUCAAAGGUUCGCACCUGAACGUGACCAAGGGCCCACAACCCCACGGGACAAAGGGCACCCUACCACGUGCAAGCAAAGGGCCCCGUCUCCUUGUGACAAAGGUGCCCCGUUUCAGCCUGCUGAAUCCUUCCCGAUCCUUCCUGAGGAAAGGCUCAAAGUCCAACCUGACAAAAGGCUCGCAACCGAGCCUGACAAAGGGCUCGCGGAAAUCCCUAGCCAAGGGCUCCCGAGCGUCCCUGGCAAAGGGCUCGCAACCCAGCCUGGGCUGUACAGCCACACAGCCAGCGCCAAAGAAACUUUCCAAACACGUCAAGAUCGCCAGCACGGGGAAGAAAUAUUGCUCGGCUACCAAGUGGCCUUUCUGAAGAUUCUAGAC